CAUCUGGCCCCGCCCGCCCCGGCGGCCGGGCUCUGUCAGAGCCGGCUCCAGCCAUGGUGCUGCCCAGGGUUUUGUAAGUUGGCAGCGGAGGAUCGGGACGUGGCGCAGGUCCCGAUGGCGGCGGCGGCGGCCCUGGCGGCGGCCGACCCUGCACCCGCGGUGCCUCAGGCGGCGGGGAGCGGUGGCGCGGCUUCGCGCCGAGACUUCUACUGGCUGCGUUCCUUCCUGGCCGGAGGUAUUGCUGGGUGCUGUGCCAAAACCACAGUUGCUCCUUUGGAUCGAGUAAAGGUUUUAUUACAAGCUCACAACCACCAUUACAACAAAAUAGGGGUACUUUCUACACAUGCGUGCGUUCCCCAAAAAGAAGGAUACCUUGGACUGUAUAAAGGAAACGGUGCAAAUGAUUUCGAAUUCUUUCCCUAUGGUGCAAUCCAGUUCAUGGCAUUUGAGCAUUACAAACGUGUUUUUGGUUUCUAGUUCAUUACUACAAAGCUGGGAGUUUCUGGUCAUGUACACAGAUUAAUGGCUGGAUCCAUGGCAGGCAUGACAGCGGUCAUCUGUACUUACCCUCUUGAUGUCGUUAGGGUGCGUCUAGCCUUCCAGGUGAAAGGAGAGCACACCUAUUCAGGGAUCAUUCAUGCAUUCAAGACAAUUUAUGCCAAGGAAGGUGGUUUCCUUGGAUUCUACAGAGGUCUGAUGCCUACUAUAUUAGGAAUGGCUCCAUAUGCAGGUGUUUCCUUUUUCACCUUUGGGACCUUGAAGAGCGUCGGGCUUUCCUAUGCCCCCACCCUGCUUGGCCGGCCUUCGUCUGACAACCCCAAUGUCUUAGUUCUGAAAACGCACAUCAACUUACUUUGUGGUGGUGUUGCUGGAGCAAUCGCACAGACGAUAUCCUACCCAUUUGAUGUGACUCGUCGGAGAAUGCAGUUAGGGACAGUCCUACCGGAGUUUGAAAAGUGCCUUACCAUGCGGGAGACCAUGAAGUAUGUGUACGGACACCAUGGGAUCAGGAAAGGACUGUAUCGUGGCUUAUCUCUGAACUACAUCCGCUGCAUUCCCUCUCAAGCUGUGGCUUUCACAACGUAUGAAAUUAUGAAACAAUUUUUCCACCUUAACUGAAAGAAAAAAUUAUGGUUUUCCUCCAUAAAUCCUUAGGCGAAUAUAUAUAUAAAUGUUACCUUAACUGUGAGAGAAAUGUUACUUGAAGGGGAUGUUUGCCUUGUCACAGGAGCCACUGGGACUUUGAUACUUGAUUUCUGCAUGUUUUUAAAUCAUGGAUCAAAAGUAUUUAGCAGAAUUUUUUGUUUUCUUUUUGAUGGGCUCUAGACAUGUAACUCUUGGCUGGCUUGGAACUCACUGUGGAGACCAGGCUGGCCUCAAUCUCACGGAAAUCCUCUUGCCUCUGCCUCCCAAGUAUGAGAUUUCAGGUGUGCCACCAUGCCUGCUCCAACGUACUUUUUAAUGCCAGACAUUAUACCUUAGAAUGCUGAAAAAACCAUCUCGUGCUGACGGUGGUGACCUGUGGUUAUUUUAAAGAUCUGUUUGGAAGGAGAGGUAGGUUCAUACUGGAGUUCAAGAGACUGUCAUUGGUCUUGCCACACUAUCCCCAACUUUUAAUUGUGAUCAUGGUUAUUGAUGUGGGGAGGGACUGGAAUCGAACCCAGGGCCUUGCACAUGUGAGGCAAGCACCACACCAUUGAGCUACAUCCCUCUCUCUGUCUCUCUGUGUCUUUCUCUGCCUCUCUCUGUCUCUU